UGACGCCAUUGUGUUUACAAAUGGUUGAAAAUGCAUCGACUUUGUUUAUCUAAUUAUUUCUAAUGUAUUAUUAAAUUUAAAUGCCCUACUAAUUUUUCAACAAUGAAUAUUACUGAUAACUUCGUGGACAGCAAGCAGGACGUCGAAGUUAAAAUAUGUCGGUGCUGUUUGUCAACAGAACGCAAUGUGCAACAGAUCUCCUUAUUUCGUGGUCUUUUAAUGGAUUUGGGCGAUAUAAUUGUGACAGAGACUGACGGUCUCCCGGAAUGGAUUUGCUGGGAGUGCGCGGCACUGCUCCGCAAGUAUGUGCGCUUCAAACAGAAGGUACUGAACUCACAUGCCGUGCUGUACGAGCAUCACAGCCGGUGUGCCCCAUUUCCGAUUGAUGGUCGAGACCCGGAGCUGAAGAAGUCCACAAGCCCCCACCUGACACUGACCAGCACGCUCACACUGGACAGCGGAACUAGUCACAUGGGCUAUCAUGACCCAAUAGUACAUGAAAAAUUAGUUAAUUCUUUUAAAUUAGAAGAGAAAUGGUCAAUAGAAGACUUAAUAAACAACCACAACAUCACAGUAAAGCACGAAGAUGCCCUCCUGGACAUACAAGACCACAUGGAGUUUGAUGACAUUGGACUGACUGAACCUGUGCAGGAUGAGUCUGAGCCAUAUGUACCUAAGGAGGAGAAGAAGAAAACAAAAAAGAAGGGAAAAACGAAAGUCAAGAAGAAAAAAAAGGAUGAUGAGGAACAACAGUAUGAACCAGUUCAGAGCGCUAUACGGAGGCCCCUAGAGAUAGACGAAACUAAGAUUAAGAUUAUAAGACUGGACCCCGCCGAGCAGCUGAAGCAGAUGCAGGAGGAGAAGCUUAAGUACCCGUACCAGUGUCAGCUGUGCCACAAGGGUUUCAACUUCGACUCCAAGCUGCAGAACCACAUGGCCAAGCACAGCCCCAGCCGGGGUCGUUACAAGUGCGAGGCGUGCAGCAUGUACUUCCCGAGCGCGUACUCGCAGUCCGUGCACGCGCGCAUCCACACGCUGCGGUACGAGUGCCGCCGCUGCCAGCGCCGCAUGAUCGACCGCGCCGCCAUACUCAACCACUACAGAUCUCAACACGAAGGCGUGCUAGAAGUGUUUACGUGCCAUAUAUGCGGUAAAGUCUCCAACAACGAGAAGACGCACCGCGGUCACAUGCGCAACCUGCACCUGAGCGCGCGCGUCAAGUGCGAGCGCUGCGACAAGACCUUCGUAAACACAGACUCGCUCGCCGAGCACCAGCUCAUCCACGAGAACGUGAAGAACUACGCGUGCUCGGUGUGCGGCGCGCGCUUCCGCACGCGCAACCAGAUCCGCCACCACAUGAGCCGGCACAGCGACGCGCGCGACCACUACUGCGUCGAGUGCGACGUGCGCUUCAAGUCGCUCAACUCGCUGCGGCAGCAUCUCAAGCGGACCGCCCGCCACCAGGACAAGCGGACGCUGCCUCACGAGUGUCCAGUCUGCGAGAAGCGGUUCCCGUCGGCGUCUGGUCUGAGCGCGCACGUGCGCGUGCAGCACGAGGGCGAGCGCGCUUACGAGUGUGGCGCGUGCGGCGCGCGGCUGGCGUCCCGCGCGUCGCUGCUGAAGCACACGCGCGCCGUGCACGCCGGCCUGCGCGCGCCGCCCGCGCACGUCUGCCACGCCUGCGGGAAGACUUUCCGGGCGAAGAGCACGCUGACGAACCACCUGCGCACGCACACGGGUGAGCGGCCGUUCUCGUGCGGCGCGUGCGGGCGCGCGUUCGCUCAGCGCACUGCCAUGCGCACGCACAUCAAGCUCGUGCAUCUCAAGCUACCACGACAGGUUAAGAUGAAGCCCAAGCUGGAGGAGCUGAGCAAGCUGACGGUGGUGGAGCCGGUGCUGGUGGAGGCGGCGGCGGCGGCGCCCCUGCGAAAGGCGGAGCCCUACGAGUGGCGCGCCCCCGCCCCGCUCGAGUACUACAGCGUCACCGCCGGCCCCUGACUCACAUAAUAUACUCUUGCGACCGAA